AUGGAGGCCCAGCAGGGGCGAAGGCGAGGAGGAGCCCAAGGCCGGGCCGGCGAGGCCCCCUUCAAGGCACGUCCCCGGCGCGAGAAUGACGGGGACAAGUUAGGGCAGGAGGCGCUGGCAAGGGCGAGCCGGAGGGAAGGCCGCCGGGCCGCCCCGCGCUGGGCUCCCCCGCAAGACGGAAGCUCUCGGGCAAUGGGCCCGCCAAGGCCUCCCUCCCUGCUCCGCGGGCACCCCGGCCGCCCCUGCCGGGUAUUCGGGGGGUCAGAGCUGCUUACAAAUAGCCAGAGAGAGCCGAGCGGCCCGGCAGCCCAACGGAGAAGGAGCUCCGGCCUGCGCCAGGCGGGGGAGGGGCAACAGGACCCCACGGGUCCUCGCAGCGUGUCGCCCGGGGAGGCCGAGGGGGUGAACUGGGCCCCAGAGAGGGCAGGCGGCCUGCGCUGCUGGGAGGGGGCCAUCCGGGCCCUUCAUGGACCGGCCUUGAAUGAAGCACCGGCUGUGGGCCGGGCCUCGGGGACCAGGAAGGCAUCCCUGCCCUGCCGGCGCUCACGGGGCAGCGGGGGCACGGAGGGCACAGGAAGGUGGGAAGUGGCUCCUUUGCCACGUCCAGUCGGAAGGAAAAUGUCUUUUGUUUCUUUCUCUCACUUCAAUGAACCCCGCCCCCAGCAGCUAGAAUCCUCCGAGGCAGAAGAGCGGUCACGGCGAGGCCGUGGGGUCGGGUCGCCCAGCGAGAAAGUGUCUGGGGCACACUGGAACCCAGGACCCCCUGUGUCUGGUUCUGGCUCCCCGGAACCCGGGACCCCGUGUCUGGUUCUGGCCCCCCGGAACCCGGGACCCCCUGUGUCUGGUUCUGGCCCCCCGGAACCCAGGACCUCCUGUGUCUGGUUCUGGCUCCCCGGAACCCGGGACCCCCUGUGUCUGGUUCUGGCUCCCCCGAACCCGGGACCCCCUGUGUCUGGUUCUGGCUCCCCGGAACCCGGGACCCCCUGUGUCUGGUUCUGGCUCCCCGGAACCCGGGACCCCCUGUGUUUGGCCGUGGCCAAGAAGACUCCUCUGGAAAAGAAUUCCCACAGCGACUCCUUCCCAGGAGGCCGGGGAACACCCGAGGAAGGGGAAGGCCCAGAGACAGGCAGGGCAGCAGCAGGCAUGGGCUGGGGCUGGCCGGACAGAAGAGGAAGUGGCGCAGGAGGCCGGGACAGCAGAGCCGCGCUCCAGUCUGCCCAGGAAGGACACGGAUACAAGCUGGCCUGGGCUGGGGUGAGGGCGGCCGUGGUGAUGGGACCGGCUGGGGGAAAGCAGACGAUCCGGGAGUGGGCGUUGCCCCGCGCGCAGGCUACCAAUGGAGAACAGGCAGGCGGGAGGCAGGGCCGGCUAGGGCUGGGCCGGGCAGCAGCGGGCGGGGAAGUCAGUUCGUCCAUCAGCCCGUCUGUCCGUCAGUCGGCCCGAGCUGAGCGGGCCCCGAAGGAGGCCGGGAGCGGGUCGAGGCGGGCUGUCUGUCUGUCUGCGGCUCCGGGCCAAGGCCGAGGUGAGACGCAGUGGCGGGACUGGGCCGGGAGCCGUUGGGGCGGGGGCGCGCGGCCGGAGGCGGGGGGAGGGGGCACCUCAGUCACCCUCGGGGCUGGCACGAGCGCAGCUUUCCCCGCCCCCGCCGUGCGGCUGCGCUGCCUCGGCGGUGUGGGGCCGGGACUGGGACUGCCCCAAGGUCAUCCGGGCAGGCGUCGGCAGGUGACCUGUUUGUCCUGCUUGGCCUGGGUUCGGGGCUCUCCCGAGAGUGCCGAGGAGCUUGAAGAAUUCCAGCCCUUUGGCAGCGAGGAACAUUGCUCCUUUGUCCCAGAGCCCCCGCUUGGCAGUUCCCCAAGGAGCCUGCAUGGGCUGCCCUCCGGAAGGUUGCAGCAGGGCAGCCCUGGUGCCCGCCAGGAGCCUUCCGAUUCCCCAGGCCGACCUGCCCUUUGGAGACUCCACGUUCGCUUGCCCGGGAUCCCGUCCUUUUCUCCUCAGUCAGUGUGGGAAGCUUUCCUUCUGGGCCGAGAAACCGAGAUCUGCCAAGACUCCUUGGCAGGUUGUGCCAGGCCGCCGAUCCUGCAGGCAGUGACCAGCUUCGCCCAAGCGAGCGUGUCCGAGUGGCCUGCUUGGAGAGCCCCUCAGUUAGGAAAUGGGCUGUGCGCCGCGGGUGAACUUCCAGCACGAACUUUCCCAACCUUUGAGACCCGGAUUCCCUCCCUGCCUGCCUGCCUGCCCCACCCCCUCCCCGAGGUGGCGGGCCACGUGGGCCGAGCCCAAAACUACUGUACUUGCAGUGUUCCCAGACCUGAGGAUGUGCUGGGCUCUGGCCUCUGGGCUCGAAAAGGAGCCUUGAGGGGGGAUGGGAGGCCGGGAGAGCUGGAGGGGGAUGGGAUGGGCCGCCAGGACAUCUUUGGGGCUUGGUUUGUACAAGAGUUCGCCGCAGAGCGGGGGGAGGCAAAGGAGGGGGAGGGGGCAUUGGAAGCGGCCAAGAUGCUGCCCCGAGGCCGUGGCAGCGCUGGGGGGAGGAGGGUGCCAGGGAGCGCCGCAGCCCAGCUGAGAUUAGGUAACCGCACCGUGCCGUCAGCCCGGCUGACGCCUUUGGGAGGAGGCUUGGGACACCGAGGACAGGUCUUGGUCCCCUCGAGGGGGCAAGAUUCCGGGUGGAGAAAGAGGAGGCCCCGGCAGGAGAGCGGGUGGGCCGAGGCGGGGGCCGUAGAGGACGGGCUCCAGGGAGAAGCCCAGCGUGAGAUCAUGCAGCGCCCAGUCGUCCGGGAGAUGCUGAGAUCUGAGCCGGGCCGACUCCUGACCGCCGGGAUGAAAGUGGAACUAAGUGGGAGCCCCCCCCCCCCCCCCCAGCAGGGCCUGAGGCUGCCUAAUCAGUGCUGGGCUCCGGCCUCGGAGAGGACAUGCUGGCCCAGAGAGCCUGCGGGAGUGGCUGCGCGCGCCCAGGAGCUGGCUGGCUUCCCCCAUGGGCCCCGGCAGCGGGCAGGCCGCAAGGGCAUUUAUGCUCACUGA